CAAUCCCUUCCCCCUUCUGAAUGCCCGCGCUCUGCGCGUACUCGCCAACGGUUUAUUGUAUCGGAUAGAAGAGGCGACGGAGCUCCACCGUUGAUAUAAAACAAAACGGCUAACGUUAGCCAUCUAAACUGCAAUGGAAAGGUAAGAGCUCAGCGACUGACCAUUCGCCGCUUCCGCGAGCAACCGCCGGCCGGGAAAAGCAGUUUACCCUCGGCGUCCAGAUUUUAAAAACCGUUUAAAGAUAUAUCCAGGUAUGGCAGCGAUUCGCAAGAAGCUGGUGAUUGUAGGAGAUGGAGCGUGCGGUAAAACCUGUUUGCUUAUCGUGUUCAGUAAAGACCAGUUUCCUGAAGUCUAUGUCCCCACGGUGUUUGAGAACUAUGUCGCCGACAUUGAGGUUGACAGCAAACAGGUGGAACUUGCUCUCUGGGAUACCGCAGGACAGGAGGACUACGAUAGGCUCCGCCCUCUUUCGUACCCAGACACUGAUGUCAUUCUUAUGUGCUUCUCUGUUGACAGUCCUGACAGUUUAGAGAAUAUUCCAGAGAAGUGGACACCUGAGGUGAAGCACUUUUGUCCAAACGUUCCCAUCAUCCUCGUCGGCAACAAAAAGGACUUGCGGAAUGAUGAACACACACGCAGGGAGCUGACUAAGAUGAAGCAGGAGCCUGUUAAGGCAGAGGAAGGAAGAGACAUGGCCAAUCGAAUUGGUGCAUUUGGUUACAUGGAGUGCUCAGCCAAAACAAAAGAUGGCGUUCGGGAGGUGUUUGAAAUGGCCACUAGAGCGGCGCUGCAGGCACGCAGGGGAAAGAAGAGCAACAAAUGCAGUCUUCUGUGAAUACUCGCCAUUGGAUUCUGUGCCUGUACUGGGGCUCAAAAAGAGUGUGUGUGAGGGGCACUCAUAAGGCCCCCCCCCCCCACUCACCUCUCACCCCUCACAUUGGCCAAAUGCUUUUGAGAGAGAGAACCCAGAAAAAAGCUUUGUUUUGUCUCUUUUUCCCCUUUUGGUCUUAUUUUUAGUCAUGGAGAUGUUUAUCAGUAUUUAAGAGAACUUGGACAAAUGGGACUUUUUUGAUGCUUUAUAUGAUUUUGUGGUAUCAUUCAAGCUUGCCCAUCUGCCAAAUGCUGUUAUGUGACCAUGUGGGCUGAUUGGAAAGGUGUGAUCCUGUGAGCUGCCAAUCAAUACUUCAGCCCAUCCCUCAUAUGCUGGGCUUUUUUUCUGCAACAUGAAACAGGGCUGAACUUGAUUGUUUCUGUAUGUAUGAAUCAUUUUAAGGUUUUCUUUUAGAUCAGGGCAAGAUUGGAAUUUUAGAACAAAAGUACAAAAUAGCUGUUUUAAAGCAAAAAAGGGGCAUGGGGUGGGUGGGGGGUUGAUAUGUAUACAUACCUGUACAUAUGAAUGUGUGUAUUUGUAUGUACACACAUUCAGGACUGGAAACCGUAUUUGUAAACUAGACUUGGUAAUCUUGUGUAAUAAAAGAUGUUCUAUAAGGAG